UCGCGUCUACGCAUGCUGCUGCUACCGCUGCCUCCCACGGCCACGCUCACUUUUGGCGGCGACGCAUGCACCGCCAGAGCUCGAAACGCGGCGCCCGCGCUGCCGCGGGCUCGUCACGCGCCCGCAAGCUCCACGAAGAGGCGGAGGAGGAGGAGAAGAUGUGAGGUCCUGAGCGGGGGGCAUAGUUAGCGCCCCCUCACUCGAGCGUUGCGGCCCUGUGACAAGGCUCCAGAUGCGGGAAACGAACCGAAGUGAGGUGCGAGCUCAGGAUGCAAUGGCUGUUUCUCACAUCGCAGCGCGGAAGAGGGAUGAGAUCACCCCGCAGGGCGUGGAGGGAGACCGGACGAAGGCGGCCCGACCAACACACAGCUGCACAUAUGCGGGCAACCUGCCUUACACAGUUUACACUCCAAGCAGGCGGAGGAUGAGGCCGAGGAGGUGCGCCCGCCCCUUUUGCAUUCCCCUAUGGGCUCGCCGACGAGAAAAGGAGGGGCAACGAGGGCGCGAGGUGAGAAUACAGCCCGAGGCCGCGAGGUGAGGAUGCAGGACCCGUGGCUGUUCAUACAAACAAUAUCGUGUGGACACCCGCGGGCCCUGCCUUCCCCGACCGGCUCGGACAUCCAGGGGACUGGCGACAGGACCCCUGGCCGCCCCAGCUUGUAUCAGAAAUCCGGCCGAGCAGUCAAGAACACAAGGGUAGGGGGGGAGGCAUGGAAAAGUACACGAGGAGGGGGAGGACGAGGAGGAAGCGGGGAACUGCGUUGUAUACCAAGCCAGCUGGACUGGACCCACCAGGCGACCCAGGCGGGUUCGGAUGGAGCCCACGGGAACGGCGAGCUGGAGGAGGUCGGGCCUGUCAGGUGGUCGUUGACGCAUUCUGGAACGAUCUGGCAGCCAGGCCACAUGCGACCACGUUUGAACAGGCAUGCGCGCCCUCACCACGCUCGGUCGGGAGAGAGGAGGAGGAGGAGGAGGGGGGAGGGAGAUCGGGGAGACCCGAAAAGAAUAAGCGCACAUCACCCAGGAAACCUCCACGGGCACGGAUUGAGCCCGUGGAGUCUGCGGGACGGCUCCGUGGUGCGCAACGCGCACGGGAAGGCCUAGAACGGUAUCGUACAUUGAAGCUGUGAAACAGUGAUACAUUACACUACCCUCAGUAUCACUCCAGAGGGCGAUCAUUGAACAACAUUGAAGCUGUGAAACAGUGAUACAUCACACUACCCUCAGUAUCGCUCCAGAGGGCGAUCAUUGAACCCAUCUCCCUGGACGCAGCGCGCAUCGUCGCCGAGCUUCACUCGGCGGCCGGGCCGGGCAUCAUGAAGCCAGAGCAGGCCUCGAACCGCGGCCAUUCAGCCGCCAGAGGUGCCGACACCGUGGCGUCGUGAGAAGAUCAUGGCAAGCGUUUCUCCUCGUUUCAAAAUCCAGGACCCUCACGGAUGGUUCAUCCCCAGGUGAUCCCACACGAACAAAGAUGAGGUCAUGAGCUCCAGUCGCAUGACGCGUUUCGGUCACAGAGCUGUACUCUCCACGACGUCGGAUGUCUGGGAAUCUGGACGGCCGACAAAGCAACCGCUCUAUCCUCCGAAGCAACACAUAGAAAUCAAAAGUGGCAAUGAACCGCCUCGUCCUCG